AGGUUUACAGGAAACAUGGGUAUCAGGAAGUAGAAAGUUUUUGUGAUUUGUUGUGACGGUAAAAUAACCACAAUGGUGUUUUAGUGUUUAACCUGGUUUACACUAGAGUCGUAUUUUCUUUACCGUGAUCAGAGAAAGUAGGGCGCUAAAACGCGGGAGCACAACAGCCACGUUUGAAGCUGAGGGGCGUCAGCUGAGGCCAUGAAUCGAGUCCCCCUGCAGCAGCCGCAGUGCUGUGGCUCCUGGGAACUGAAGGAGCGGCUUGGCACGGGCGGUUUUGGGAAUGUCACCAGAUGGCAGAAUAAGGACACAGAGGAGCAGAUCGCUGUAAAGCAGUGUCGUCAGGAGCUGAGUGAGAGAAACAAAGAAAGAUGGUGUAUGGAGAUCCAGAUCAUGAGAAGGAUGAAACAUGUUAAUGUCGUUGCAGCCAGAGAAGUGCCUGAGGAAAUGGAGAAACUGGUGGGUGCCAACCAACUGCCCCUGCUGGCCAUGGAGUACUGCCAGGGAGGAGAUCUAAGAAAGUAUCUGAACCUCUUGGAGAACUGCUGUGGGAUGAGGGAGGGCUCUGUCCUCAUUCUGUUACGUGACAUUUCCUCGGCUCUGACCUACCUCCACAAAAAGAGGAUUAUCCACAGAGAUUUGAAACCAGAAAACAUUGUGCUGCAGCAGGGAGAGAAGAGAUUGAUUCAUAAGAUUAUCGAUCUGGGCUAUGCUAAGGAGUUGGACCACACCAGCCUCUGUACCUCAUUUGUCGGAACACUUCAGUACUUAGCUCCAGAGCUCAUUGAGAGACAGAAGUACACAGUCGCUGUGGACUACUGGAGCUUUGGCACUUUGGUGUUUGAGUGUAUCACAGGAUUUCGUCCUUUCUUACCAACCUGGCAGCCUGUUCCUUGGCACAACAGACUGAAGCUGAAGCAGGACGACGAUAUUGUUGUCUAUGAGGACCUCUCAGGAGAAGUACGUUUCUCUAAACAUCUGCCCCAUCCAAACAACCUCAACAGUCUGUUACUGGAGAAAAUGGAGAGGUGGCUGCAGCUGAUGUUGAAGUGGUCUCCUCAGGAGAGAGGCAAAGACCCCAAAGCCACACCAAGCGAUUGCUUCUCCCAGCUCGACAUCAUACUGCAGCUCAAGCUGGUUCACGUACUGAACAUGGUAUCUGCUAAGAUCCUGACGUACUCAGUCACAGAUGAUGAGACUGUUGCAAACCUGCAGCUGAGGAUCGAAAAAGACAGCGGCAUCCCUGCAGCCAAUCAGGAGCUGCUACUGGAGGCAGGGUUAGCUCUGGAGCCACAGGGACUGGCUGCUCAGUGUGCCAUUGACUAUGCGGAGACAGACGGGAGACGGACGGACCUGCCUCUGGUCUUCCUGUUUGAUCGCUCCUCCUGCACUUAUGAACCUCAGUUUGCUCCUCGCACCCUGCCAGAAAACAUCCGUUUUGUUCAAAGCGACCCGAAGCACGUCCUGCAUUACAGCCCUCUGAGGAGGACUUGCGGUCAGGCGUGGCACACCAUCCGCUUGCUGAAAGAGGACUGGCAGAGACUGCAGCAGGGACAGAAAGCUGCCAUCAUGAGCCUGCUGAGACACAACUCCUCACUGUCCAGACAGAAGAUUGAGAUGGUGUCCAUGCAUCAGAGACUCAUGGCUAAGCUGGACUUCUUCACCACCAGUCUUCACAUAGACAUGGACAAAUACCAGGAGCAGACAACCACUGGGAUCACAUCAGAGAAACUCCUUGGCGUGUGGAGGGAGAUGGAGCAAACAGCUAUCAGCUGUGGUCAGGCGAAGGUGAGUGAACUGGAAGAGGAGAUGUUGUAUCUGCAGCAGGACAUCAUGGAUGUGCAAAGACAGCCAUGGAGGAGUGGAGAGGCUCUGGAUACCCUGGAAGGAAAAGGCAUGGAGCUGUUUCGUAAACUCAGAGAGAAACCCCGAGACCAGAGAGGUCCAGGGGACAGUCAGGAGGUGGUGCGCCUGGUCCUUCAGGCGGUGCAGUUUUAUGAGAGGAAGCUCAGAGACUUCUACACCCACCUCAGUAAGACUGAGGUGUGCCGUCAGCGUGUGAUGGAGCUGCUGCCUAAGGUGGAGGGGGUCGUCCAGAGCAUGGCGGAGAGUGGGCAGGUCCUGAUGGGUCUGCAGGAGAGGAGACAGAGGGAGCUGUGGUACCUCCUCAAAGUUGCCUGUAGUAAAGUUCGCAGCCCGGUCUGUGGGAGUCCUGACGGUUUAACAACCCCCUCCUCAGUGCCUCCCUUACUGACCCCCAGACCCAGCUUACAGCAGUCGGAUGAGUGUCUGGUGGAGGAAAACAGGACAUUUGAAAGUCGACUCCAGAGUUUGCUGCACGACACCAUCCAGGAGUCAGAGAACAGUAUGGAGGUGUUGAGUGAGUGGACCUGGCUGCAAGGAGGGCAGAACUUUUCCAGUGACCUCUCCUAAUAGGGUUCAGUUCUCUUCUCACAACAGUACUCUACUGCCUCCAUGUGGAUAGGAUGUCAAACUGCACGGGAGGAGGCAGUCACCUGUUGAGUAAUGUGAAUGGAGUAAAAGAUGCUGGCACAUAUUUGCUUAGGGGAGUAAGAGAGUAGGUACUGACCACUGCUAUUUGUAUUUUAAACCAAACCUUGAACCCCCUACAGUAAAUUUAUCAGUUCUGGAGAAAUUACUAAAGACCUAGUUAAAGACCUGGGACCUAGUUAUUUACCCAUAACAUAAUGACAGUUUUGGGUAUAAUAAGCAUGUAACACAUUUAAAUAAGAUUAUUGUAACAAUCGUUAUUGGAGAAUUAGAAGCUGCUAACAGAAUGUAAAAUAACUUUUCAAAUGUCAAGCUGAAUUUCCUUUUAAAACAUGACCUUAAAACAGCUGACACACAUGUAAUGCACAUUUUCUCCAAAGGUUAACAAGUGACAGAGUUGAUGAAUGUAAAUAAUGUUUUGCCAAGAAUAAGACAAAAGAAUUCGCUGAUGUUUAAACUACAUAUAUAUUUAAAUUUUAUCUUGUUUUUAAGACUUGGGAGUUUUAUUCUACUCUAAAGAUAGACUUUCUGCCUUUGUUACAAAAUCUUAAUGUAUUUGUCUUUAUUUUGUAUUGAAUGGCAAUUUUUAAUGCAACUUUUCUUUCAGAAAGACCUUGAAUGAAUGAUGUUUUUUAAUGGUAAAAAAAAAAAAAAAAACGGUCUUGCCUGUAAAACUGAGAAUGUGAUACUUUAUAUUUUUGAUACUACAUAAAUAUGUGAUUUGGACAGUCAAAUAGAAAAAUGUCAAAUUAGAUGCAAUAGUUACAGAUGAUGUGAAUCCCAUACUGUAUGAGGAGGUAACAUGGGUUAUAGUUUCACUUGCCACAAUUAAGACGGUUUACUCUCUUCAGCGGUACAAUAUGAAAAUAAAUUGGGUUAUUCAUGGUCUAAA